ACUACUCAAACCUCUCUCCCUCUCUCUCUCUAAGGUCUUCUUCUUCUUCCCUCUCUUUCUCUUUCUCUUUCUAACCUCGUGCUUAGACCAUCCUCACUUUCUCUCUCUUCUACAAAUGUUCCAUUGAUGCGUUUUUUCUUAAGCCAAAGCCCAAUCAAGAGCCCUGCUCCAGCUGUUGUCACCGCCCUCGUCUCCUCCUCUAACUCCUUCCUUUUUCGACUCCUCCGCCCCAACUGGUUCCGAUCCUUUUCUUGCGACUCGGCUUGGAGAUCGUCGCCGGCUUCAAUGGCAAUACCUCCUCCGAAGUCGGCCAUCUCCACCAUAGAUAACGAGGUCGGCCUAGCUCGCCGGUUUUGGAUCAAGUUCCGUAGAGAAUCGGUUUUCACUAUGUACACUCCCUUUGCCGUCGCUUUGGCCUCUGGGAACCUUAAGAUUGAAACUUUCCGGCAUUAUGUUGCCCAAGAUUUUCAUUUUCUUAAGGCCUUUGCUCACGCUUAUGAAUUGGCAGAAGAGUGUGCAGAUGAUGAUGAUGAUGUAAAGCCUGCAAUUUCAGAAUUAAGGACUGCUGUUUUGGAUGAGUUGAAAUUGCAUGAUUCUUUUGUACAGGAGUGGGCUUCAGACCUUGCUAAAGAGGAUGUUGUCAACUCUGCAACAGUAAAGUAUACAGAUUUCUUAUUGGCAACAGCUUCUGGGAAGGUUGAAGGUGUAAAAGCUCCCGGUAAACUUGCUACCCCUUUUGAGAGAACCAAAGUGGCUGCUUACACUCUUGGUGCCAUGACUCCUUGCAUGAGGCUGUAUGCUUUUCUGGGAAAGGAGUUCCAGGAACUUCUAAAGGACAACGAAGACAGUCACCCAUAUCAGAAGUGGAUAGACAAUUAUUCUUCGGAAAGCUUUCAGGCGUCUUCUGCGCAAACUGAAGAGUUGCUCGAUAAGCUGAGUGUCUCUUUGACAGGCGAGGAGCUUGACAUCAUUGAAAAGCUUUAUCACCAAGCCAUGAAACUUGAGAUAGAAUUCUUUUUAUCUCAACCACUUGUUCAGCCAACUGUAGUUCCUUUGAUAAAAGAGCAUAAACCUGAAGAAGAUCAGCUUAUGAUUUUCUCGGAUUUUGAUUUGACUUGCACUGUUGUUGACUCAUCUGCCAUUUUGGCUGAAAUUGCUAUAGUAACAGCCCCAAAAUCUGAUCAGAAUCAACCUGAAACUCAAAUUGUGCGCAUGUCUUCAGCUGAUUUGAGAAGUACCUGGGGUGUUCUUUCCAGGCAGUUCACAGAAGAAUAUGAACAGUGCAUUGAAAGCAUUGUACCUAGUGAAAAAGUGGAUUUUAACUAUGAACACUUGCAUAAUGCAUUGGAGCAACUUUCGGACUUUGAGAAAAGGGCAAAUAAUAGAGUAAUAGAGUCUGGGGUACUUAAAGGUAUAAAUCUUGAAGACGUCAAAAAAGCCGGUGAACGUCUCAUUCUUCAUGAAGGUUGCACUGCUUUCUUUAAGAAUGUUGUUAAGAAUGAAAAUUUGAAUGCAAAUGUUCAUAUCCUUUCUUACUGUUGGUGUGGCGAUCUCAUCAGGUCGGCUUUUUCAUCAGCAGGAGAUCUACAAGAGAUGAAUGUACAUGCAAAUGAGUUCACUUUUGACGGAUCCAUUUCCACUGGCGAAAUUGUUAAGAAAGUUGAGUCUCCCAUCGAUAAGGUUCAAGCUUUCAAUGAUAUUUUAGCUAAUUCAAACAAAGACAAAAAGAAUUUGACUGUAUACAUUGGAGACUCUGUGGGUGACUUGCUUUGCCUGCUUGAGGCGGAUAUAGGAAUCGUGGUUGGGUCAAGUUCAAGCCUUAGGAGAGUGGGAACACAAUUCGGUGUUUCUUUUGUCCCGUUGUACCCUGGCUUGGUUAAGAAACAAAAAGAAAACGUUGAAGGGAGCUCUUCUUGUUGGAAAGGAUCAAAUGGUAUACUUUACACAGUUUCUAGUUGGGCUGAAAUUCAUGCCUUCAUAUUGGGGUGGUAGAAUCAAUUUUUUUACUCAUUCUUACGCACUCUACUUCGCGCUCAGACAAACGAAAGAAAGAACCAGAUAUAUAAAAUGUUGAAGAAAAAAAAAUACAAAUUUGGUGGCCGGUUUUAUUAAGGGUCACAGAUUUGCUGCUCUGUAUUCCUCUCUCUUUUUUUUUUUGUUCUUUGUAUUGCAGGGUGAACCCAUUUCAAAGAUGUGUUGAUCCACAGGCAUACUGUAAACAUGGUACUUGUAAUUUCCGAAUUUGGCAAUAUGUUGUUUGCUAACUUUGUGAAAAUUGUAUUUUUCAGGUUUUUGGGAGGUUUUAGGCAGCAAAUGAUUUUUAAAACAGAGAUUGUAAUGUCAAUUUGUCUAUACAAACAUUUGAAGUUGUAUAUCUUUUGUUAUUUUCAUGUUCUUCUACUAUUGAAACGUAAAUGCAAAGGUAGUCGUCUUGUUUGAAUA